AUGGCCAACUAUCUUGCGUCGAUUUUCGGAACUGAACAGGACAAGGUCAACUGUUCGUUCUAUUACAAAAUCGGGGCCUGUCGUCACGGAGACAGGUGUUCGCGAAAACAUGUCAAGCCCUCUUAUUCCCAGACGAUUCUCCUCCCGAAUCUGUACCAGAAUCCCGCAUACGAUCCCAAAAAUAAGAUGAAUCCCGCGCAGCUUCAGAUCCAUUUCGACUCCUUCUACGAAGAUUUCUGGUGCGAGAUGUGCAAGUAUGGCGAAUUAGAGGAAGUCGUUGUAUGCGACAACAAUAAUGACCAUUUGAUCGGAAAUGUAUAUGCGAGGUUCAAGUACGAAGAUUCCGCCCAGCAGGCGUGCGACGAGCUCAAUUCGAGAUGGUACGCCGCGCGGCCGAUAUACUGCGAAUUAUCGCCCGUCACGGAUUUCCGAGAAGCCUGUUGUCGGCUGAAUAGUGGGGAGGGCUGCGUGAGAGGAGGUUUCUGCAACUUUAUACAUCGGAAGGAACCUAGUGCAGAGUUAGACCGCGAGUUGCAACUCUCUACCGCGAAGUGGCUGAAAGUGAGGGGCCGCGAUGAGAGGAGUGUGACCAGAAGCCCGUCGCCUGAACCCACGCGAAGACGACGUUAG